CCUCGCCUUCUGAUGCCUUAAAGCUGGGUCCCAGGCCCUGCGGUCAGAGCCUCUUAGAUGCCGAGCUCUGGAAGCUUGACUCAGGACCAAAUGGCUCUGGCCUGGGGAUUGGGCCCCUCUACCCAGGGUCCCCACUCUGAAGACAGUAGAAGGCCAAAGCCUUGGUCUUGGCAAACCAACCCCAUCAUCCCUCCUACCCAGGCCUAUGUGCAGAGACGGGUUUUCUCUGCCAGCUUAAACCAGUCCUGCUGUCAGUCUGUGGGAGUCCGGUUAUUGUGCAUCUCACUGAGCCUCUGCUCUCUCCGCCCGCCCGCCCCCAUGUUGAAGAUGAGCUCCACCUCUCCAGCCCCAGGCUAGAUCACCUGGAGCUGGCCUCCUAUUGGCCCAGUGCCCAGUCCAGCAACUUCAUGCGGAUAAGCUCUGCCCCUGCCCACCAGCAGGACCUGUCGGCCUGAGGAGAUCCUGGGCCCUUCCCCUGGCCGGUUGGGCCACCAGCUUCCCUCCCCUGACUCGGGGCGGGGGUCCACAUCCACUCCAGGGGGGUGUCGUCUCCCCAGUCCUCUCUCACAGACCUUCCUUUGCUGAAUUAAAGUUUGUAAGUAAAUGGUUUUAAAGAAAGCAGAGCUGGCUGGUUCUUGGGACAAACAGUGGGCUUGGGUGGGUAGUCGGGGAUGGCGCCGCAGGUCUUUCGUGUGUGGGUGAGCCAGCAUGGUUCCCUGGCGCUCUGGCAGCCCCUUCCUGGAGUCCUUCCUCGCAGGCUUCCCACUCAAACGGUAGUGCUCAGUGCUCGUAUUUGGGCAAUUACGGGCCCUUUGGUCGCGUGGCUGCCACUGGGCAUGCCCAGGUCCGGGUCACGUGAUGCCUGUCAUGGCCGCCUCCGUGCCCCGGGGAGGCGUGACUGCUGGGUUUCUCCUGCGGGCGGCCGGUGGAGCCUGGUGGAGCCGGCCUGGGGGCUCUCGGGGGUCGGGGGAGGCGGCGGCGCCAGUGACAGCCAGAAGAUUCCGAGCAACAGGCUCGCGCCCGGCGGGGGAAGAAGAAGCUGGCGGCCCCGAGCGGCCCGGGGACGUGGUGAACGUGGUGUUCGUAGACCGGUCAGGCCAACGGAUUCCGGUGAGCGGCAGAGUGGGGGACAAUGUUCUCCAUCUGGCCCAGCGCCAUGGAGUGGACCUGGAAGGGGCCUGUGAAGCUUCCCUGGCGUGCUCUACCUGCCACGUGUACGUGAGCGAGGACCACCUGGACCUUCUGCCUCCUCCCACUGAGAGGGAGGACGACAUGCUGGACAUGGCCCCCCUUCUUCAGGAGAACUCCCGGCUGGGCUGCCAAAUCGUGCUGACUCCUGAGCUGGAAGGGGCCGAAUUCACGCUGCCAAAAAUCACCAGGAACUUCUACGUGGACGGCCAUGUCCCCAAGCCCCACUGACACCCCGGGCACCCGCGGCCUCGCGGCCGGGACUGGAGGAAUAGCCAAGUUGCCAGCCCAGCCCAGAGCAUGGGCAAGCCCGAGAGAGAUGUUGGAAGCAACCAGAAGGCCAGAGCCCCUGCCUCGGAGAGAUCCCAUGUCCAGGCUCUGGUUUGGGAGGCCGAGGGGGACCCAGCCCUGCCGGGGCGGCCUCCCCCAAACUCAGGAGAAUCAGUGUGUAGAUAGGGUGGAAUCUAACUGGAACAAC